AUGAACGUAUUAUUUAUUAACCUGCAUUUCAUGUCGUAUCAUCAGACACGGCGUUAUUGAUGUUUUGUCGACUCUAGCUUCCUACUUAUUAUUAGCCCGUGACUAUGUUUGAACAACGCACACGAUUGUAAAUUGCCAACAGUAAACAAUAUGGCUUCUAAUAUGGAAACAGCUAGUCUGCACAUUUCUCUAUCGGAAAUGUUAGACCUCGCUUUAGGAACGCCAGAGGUUGGAGCCGUUAAUUUAAAUAUACUUCACAAUUUUCUUCAUGUUUUGCUGAAUUUAAAUAACUUGAGAUCGACCAAAGUUGAAUACAGAGGCGAAGAUGCGCGUAGAAUCAAAGCGAUGAUGUCUUCAUCUUCAAAACCAGGUCAUGGUCUCCAUUUUCACGAGUACAGCGUAAUAAAUAAUUGUAAAGGAGCUAAUAACCACAAUGGCAAAAGCGAUGAUCAAAGUAUGAACAUAGACAAUCGCGUUGAUGAUCCACUAUCGGACGGCGUUCCGCCAACAGCUUUAACAUUCAAAAAGUUAGAGGAGUCUGUGAAAACGUUACAAAAAAAGCACCACGCUCUUGAAAAAUUAGUCAACAGUUCAGAAAUUAUUAAACACCUUUGGGAAGAAAACACCAGUCCAGCGACAGACCCGUGGCACGUAAUCAAUACCAAAAAAAGAUUAGAUGCUAUCGAACGGGGCAUUGAUAAGUCAACAGCAACGCUACGAGAUUCUAUAAAGGAUGAUAGACCAAAACGUCUAGCUGGCGGCAGUGACAUACUCGAACAAGUCGCACAUAUAAAUAAGCGAUUAUCAGAAUUAGAAGACAAUGUGAGCUCGCUAAACAGAGAUGCCGAACAAGUGCAGGGUCAGGAUCCAGUCAUUGAAAAUCAAAGUCAAUCUGUCGACGACAAUCGUACAACUAUAGGGUACAGCGACGAAGAAGAAAAUAACUCAUCGCAAGUGGCAAAAAGCGUAUCGGAAAAGCAAUCCGAUAUCGAUGAAAAAUGUUCAAGUGCCUCCUCUGCUGAAGGUCAGAAAACAGAUAUUUCAGAUACUGAUGUACUAGGUGAAGUUGAUUGCUGCAAAAUGAGGAAUAAUAUGAUGAGUAUGGCCACAACUCUCGAACAAGUGAAAGAAGAAAUCUGUGCUCUAAAAGAGAAAUUAUACGAAAUGACUAAAUCCAACGAUAACAAAGGAGAAUUCGAGAAAGCGAAAUGUAAGCCCACCAAGAAAUGUAUCAUAUCCCUCGACGAUAGGCCUGAAGAGAAAUAUGUCGUCAUCAAGCAGAAGCAAUCCGACAUUAGGCCUGCUCGAUGUGCAGACUUGAUUUGCAAUGUCGAAACAUCUUUAUCAAAUUCAAUUAAAUGCAUUGAAGAGCGUUUCAAAAGCUUCGAAGACUACGUAAACUGCUCAUUAAGAAACAUAAAUGAUACUAUUUCCAAGAAUAAAAGCGAAGAAGAGUUGAUGAAAUACGUUAAGAGCGUUCGACUGGAUCUGGAAGACGUUCGGCAGGAUGUUUGCAACCUGAAAAAUAACAGAAUUGCACAGCUCAAACAGAACGAGAUCUUUCAAGAACAAAUGGAUGUAUUGAAAAUAGUGAAAGCCGACAAGAAAGAGGUCGAGGAAGCGCUUGCGAAUAAGGCAGAUUUAUGCGGGCUCAACAAAAAGGUAUCCCACGAGCAAUUUGACGCUGUCUGCGACGAUCUGACGGGCCGCCUUAACGAAGCGAUCGCAAAAUUGAGUCAACAAGAAUCCAUCUGGCAACAAUCCCUCGGCGAGCUGCGCUGCGAAAUUGAAGGAAAACUUGACGAACUUGAAAUCCCCGCGUUAAAAGACUUUAUCAACAAUGAGCUGCAAGCAUUAAAAAAUAAGAUCCGACUACUUUCCGAAAUUAAGCGCGAGCAGGAAGCGGCAGGUGCUAGGAAACUACUUAGAGAAUUGCGCUGCAUUUCUUGUGAUAAGGAUGCAUUCAUGCAACCUGAUGCGAGAAUUCUCGGUACUCCUGAUGCUUUUCCGUGCAGACCCGACAUCAAGCCCUAUCUCACUUUCAAGAUGGAUCAAGUUAGGACGCAACGAAAAAUCAUUGCACAGGGGAAGAACCUCGUACAUUUGGAAGAAAUGCUAAAUGAAAAUGCGGAAAAAAGAAAACACAGAUGCCCGGAAACGUGCGACAACGUGUCCAGAGAUCAAACCUGCAAUCGGUACUGCGGUGGUAGCCACACACUGAUAAGUCCGCAGCAGAGGGCAGCAAGGACGAAAAAUUGCGUGACCCAGUGGGGAGUGCAUGACCUGCAGUUGAUAGAGGGGUUCGUUGAGGGUACUGACGGUAAAAUGUACAGGGGUCGAUGGUUUCUUGGGAAGAAUAAUGAAACUGAUGUUAAUCAGUCGAAUAUUUCGAAACCGAAUCAGAAACCUUUGACGGAAAUGAAUUGAAAAUGUGAUUGUUAAAAUAUAAAAUUAAUGGUUUCAUUCUCAAUAUAUGUAUUCCAAAAAUUUUAAUCCAACUGUCCAGCUAACAUUUGAACAAAUAUUCUGAGCAUGUCAAAAAGGUUUAUACAGAAAUCAAGCAUCUUGCAAUUGGAUCAAUUACAUGGAAUAAACGGCAAGCUACGAAUAAUUAUUUUUGUCGGUCAACUGAAAAUAAAAGAACUACUGCUUUUUAAGAGAUUAGACCCUUGUAAUAUCAAUCCUGUUCUCUUCAGUUUCGUCGACAAGUGGCUGAUAUAAUCGAAAUAAAAAAUAAAAAUUAAAAGAGCUGUGCAUCGUAGGCUUAUUGAUAUCACCAAUGCAAUUCUCAACUGGCGCAGUUCAGAACUAAACAAAAGUGGAGCAUGGGUUGGAAACACAAUUCAUAUUGCACUGUUUGACUGUAUUACGAAAUGUUUUAUUACUAAGAAGAGCUUUAGAAUACAUAAAAUCUUAUGACGUUGUUUUGGGAAAACGGCGAUCGAUCGUAUAGCAAUAAAAAUAUCAAUUUGAUCGCAGUAAUUCGUUUCAAUGAUUAGCAUACGGCACGCGUCAAAGAAAAAUAUUACACAUUGGGAGAUAGGAAGUCAUCAUAAAAUAUUUCUUAAAUAUUCACAACUAUCGGUUUCAUAAAUCAAUCAUUUACAUACAAUAUUAUACAUACAUAUUUU